AUGGUCGGUCAGCCCCUCACCCACACCAGCCCCCGGUCCCGUCUCCGUGUAGGCCCACGCACCCAUCAAACGCUUCCUCGUCAAGAUCGCGGCGCUAACGCGGACGGCGGUGCCGGUGGUGGUCGUAGUUGGGGUGGCAGUGACCACAAUGGCAAUGGGUAUGUCGCUUCUUCUUCUUCUCCACGUUCCUCGCCGCGUUCGUCAGUCGACCCUCCUGCCUCGGCAGACCCUUCGACUUUGGAGCAGUCCGCUUCUACCGUCGGGCUCGACAACACUGCCGACUCAGCAUCAUCGUCGGAUUUGGGAUCGACUGUCUCGACAACCCCGUCCGCGGGUGUAGCUGCCACGAGCGUCCAGUCUAGCCCUGCCGACACCCAGGUUGCCCUGGCAGCUGCUGAGACGUCCUCCGAGGUUGCCACUGCACAGACCACCGAGUAUCAGCUCCAGUCUGUCGACUCCUCUGCAGCCCCACAGUCGACGUCUACCUCCGCCUCCGACAUGGACUGGGCGACUUCCUCCCUUGCUUUCGAGACGGCCACCAUCUCCGACACUACUACCCCUUCCCCCACUCCCAUCACUUCGUAUUCCUCUGCUUCUGACACUUGGACUAGCUUCUCCGAGAACUACGUCGACACCGACACGCAAUGGGCUGCAAGCUCGAGCUCCGACGUCUGGUCCGACUCCCAGCAAUGGAGCACCACAACAGUCGACAAUUGGUCCAGUUCGACAUCCUCUGAUAACUGGAACUCGGUGGCAUCUUCCUCUGCCAUCUGGUCGUCCUCCAGUGAUGCUGCGUCAUCUAGCUGGGUCGACUCGUGGUCGUCAUCGUCCGUUACAGUGGAUUCGUCUUCGGCCGCUUCAUCAACUAUCGCAUCGACGACUGCAGCUACCAUCGCAUCUACGAUUGUUGCCUCUGCGGUGUCUUUGUCGUCCUCCUCACAGCUCGCGUCAUCGUCCAGCGUUGAGACUCUCGUUGUGGCAGGCACAACUACAUCUGGUUCCUCCGCUGGCACGGCCGCCAGCACUGCCCACUCUUCAACCUCGUCAACUGACAACACCGCCCUCGCUGCCGUGGGUGUGGGUGGCACCACCAGCCCUGUCUCCACUGCAGGCAUCAUUGGUAUCGCCAUUGCCGUUGUGGUAGCAAUAAUGGUCUGCAUCGUGUUGGCUAUCUGGCUCUAUAGGCGAAAGCAGAAAGACGAGCCCGACUUUGGCACCUUUUAUAACAAAUCCGACCACCUCAAGCGGUCGGGAACGACGGCCACCAAGCACUCUGCACUCGACUUUAGCGACGACCCAGUGUCGCCACGCUCGGGAUGGAGGCACAUGUCCAUGCGCCUUUCGCGCGGCAACCGCCCCGCAAACGGCGCAGCCAAACAGUUCACCACGUCUGGAGACUAUAACCGGCAAAGCCAUUUGACCGUUGCUGGUCCAGGCAUGGCCGGUCGUGGCGCACACCACACGCGGCGCGUCUCCGAAGCGCCGUCGGAAGUGCCCUCCUUGCUCAGCAUGUACGGAUCAGACGAUGACGCGCACUCGCCCGUUGUGCGCGUGGUCGACGACAACGACAUGCGCAACUCGAGCCACGACAACUGGGCGACAUACAACUCGUUCUCCCGCACCAUGCCGGGGUCUCCAGCACCGCCGCCACCGGUCGGCGCGCCCAACCUCCCUCCAACCCCGACGAGGAAGAACAGCGGCGGGCCACAGGUCGUCUCCCCCGUCGGACAGUCGCUUGUGUACGAUGCGUAUAGCCAGCCUACCAUCCAGCGUCUGCCGUGGGCCCGCGCCACGCCGCCGCCGGUACCAGCCAUUCCGCGCCAGUUCACAGAACCCAGCCGUGGCAUCCUGGGUCGGGCCGAGUAG